CGCGCCUCUAAGUCAGUGAGUCUGUAAGGGAUCGGAUUGGAAUUGGGCCAUCAUCUGUGCUUGGAACAGCUGACUUCCGAGUGUGACGCGUGUAAAAAACGUCAUCGUAGUCGACCGCAGUGUAUUUUUUUAUCUAUCAUAAACAGCAGCAGUCACGGCAUACAUUCUGACUAUAUUAACGGAUACACCCGGACCGUAUUACUUGACAAAUAAAGGGAGUUACUCGCGUAUUUAUCAGAGUAUAGAGUAAGCAGUAAAUCUGAAUUUGGCAGCCGUCAUCGCUUGCAGUACUACGUUAACCAGAGUUCUUCGCUCUCUCGUCGAAAACGCAAGAGGUCGAAACACAGGACAGACAUCCAGUUCUGGUUGAAAGCCCUCGAGGAAAAUUUCUCCCAACUGCCAUCCUGCUCAGCAAGUUGGAAGUAGACAUAUUCUACCAUCUAUGAAGAGGGGACACUCUCUGGAAUCUGGCAAUAUGAGAACCAUGAUGUGCCUCUGAUGGCUGGUCAUCUCCUCAAAAUCUCCUCUCUGGCCACAGCAGUGUUCGCCACAUCUGGGUUUUACCUCUACGGCAGACAGCUGGACCUCAAUGACUUGAGUGUCAUUCGCUUUGGCCGUGCUGCAGCCACUACGGCGAUGAUCAGCUAUGACUAUCUGACUGCUUUCAGACAUGUGGAAUACGGCACAGAAGACUACUGGGCCCUCAAGUCCAAGGUGCAUCUAAGGUCAGCAGAGCGUCUUCGAGACUUGUGCUGUGCCAACAGGGGUACUUUCAUCAAGGUAGGCCAGCACCUUGGUGCUCUGGACUACCUGUUGCCUGAGGAGUACACAUCUACUUUGAAGGUACUCCACAGCCGAGCUCCUCAGAGCAGCAUGGAGGAGAUUCAGCAGGUCAUCAGAGAAGACCUCGGCAAGGAGCUGUCAGAGUUAUUUGUCACCUUUGAGGAGAAGCCUCAGGGUGCAGCCUCCUUAGCCCAGGUCCACAAGGCUGUGCUGCAUGAUGGGAGGACAGUGGCCAUCAAGGUCCAACACCCCAAAGUCCAGAAACAGAGCUCCAAGGACAUAGUGGUGAUGGAGGUACUGUUGAGGGUGGUCCAUUGGCUCUUCCCAGACUUUGCUUUCAUGUGGUUGGUGGAAGAGGCAAAGAAGAACAUGCCAUUAGAACUGGACUUCCUUAAUGAAGGACAAAAUGCUGAGAGGAUGGCUAACAUGCUUGCCCGCUUCCCCUUUCUCAAGGUUCCCAUGAUCCACUGGGAUCUGUCCACAAAGAGGAUCCUGACCAUGGAGUUUGUUGAGGGGGGGCAGGUCAAUGAGAGGGACUACAUGAAGAAACACGGCAUCAAUGUCAACGAGAUCUCUGAGAACCUGGGUAAGAUGUACAGUGAAAUGAUCUUUGUCCAUGGCUUUGUUCAUUGUGACCCGCACCCAGGCAACGUGUUGGUUCGAAAGUGUACCCAGAGCAAUAAGACUGAGAUCAUCCUUCUUGAUCACGGCCUUUAUCAGGUCCUGCAGCCAGAAUUUCGGUUGGACUACUGUCGGCUGUGGCAGGCUCUGAUUAAUGGUGACAUGUCCGGGGUAAAGCGUUACAGCCUCAGACUGGGUGCUGGAGAUCUGUACCCAUUGUUCGCCUGCGUGCUCACUGCUCGCUCCUGGACUGCCAUCAAUGCUGGCAUCAGCUCUGUGCCUGUCACACAUUCUGAGGACGUUGAGAUACGAACCAAUGCAGCCCUAUACCUGCCCCAGAUCAGCGAGCUGUUGAAUCGUGUGCCCCGACAGAUGCUAUUGCUGCUUAAAACCAAUGACCUGCUAAGGGGCAUUGAGACCACCCUACAGACCAGAGCCUCCUCCUCGUCUUUCAUCAACAUGUCCCGCUGCUGCAUACGUGCCAUGGCCAGGCACAAGAGAAGUAAGACUCAAUCCAGGAGGAGGCGUCUACAUAUCACACUGGCAGAGUCUCUCAGCCUGUGGAGACUCACCAUGUACGAACUGUUUCUGAGGGUGAAGGGCUCCACGUUGGGAAACUGGCUCACUGCUCUGCUGGCAUUUCUGGCCUAAGAUAUAUCUGGACAUCCCACUAGGACAUUAACAAACGGCUGUUACUUUUGGCACAAAAGGGAUUUAAAAGACAGUCCAUGUUAACACAUUUUGAAUAUGUGUUUAUACAGUCACACACACACAAAUUCUUAUUUUUGUUAACAAUAAAAUUUGUUAUUCCAUGGACACAUACAAGAAAACAACAUGCUGAUGUCCUUGGACACCACACUGUGGCUGUUGAUAAUCACAACUUUUAUUAUUCAGUCGUCAGUGUUGACUUUUUUCUAAACUGUAUGUCAUAUACUCCAGAUGAUUUUUUUUCUUCAUUCUUAUUUAAUUUAAGGCCAUUAUUGCACAAAGACUUUAUUCACAAACUUUAAAUUGUCUGGAAUCAUCAUCUCAUUUAUGGGAUACUGUAACCUGUGUUCACUGACUGUGUCUGACAACCUGUGCUUUAGCUGGAGAUGCUGCAGAGAAAUACUGAGUGAAUGGAUAAAUGGUAGGUUGUCAUAAAAUAGUUCAACAACAUCUCUGUUUGAGUAGAGGUCAGAUUAGUCCUGUCUCCCGCUCUGCACCUAUCCAUCUCCUUAUCUCACUUUCAGAAUAAAAAACAACAUAAGCAUAUUUUCCAAAAUGCUGAACUUCCUUGCAGUCAUAACCCUUGGGAGACUUUGUUUGAUAUCCCAAAAUAUUAUGAUGUGGGGACACAACAUGGUUUAGAUACCACCAUCUUAUAUGAAGUUAUUAAGGCAUUGUAUUAUUACGUAAGAUAUCUGUCAGAUUAGAAAUUGAAUUGUCAUGGUCUUAAAAUAAUCAAAUCUCAGUUAAAUUAUCAUGUGUAUCCUUUUAGACAAGGCUAUAGAUCUCAAACACUUGACAGCUUUGCAUUAUCUUAAACAUAAUGGCAUACAGACAGCCCUAAAUACAAUCAAACAAUCAGUUCCAGCACAUAAAAGACAGUGAUGCAGUGGUGGAGAUUGAUACAAGCAGGUGGAGAGAGAAAGAGGAGUUAACGAGCAGCAAGAUAGUGCAUCAGUUAGUAACACAGCCAGACUGUUAAGUAAGUAAUACACAGAGACAGGUAUACAGAGUGCACUGUUAAGCAUGCCAUAGGUGCAGGUAGUCACAGGAUGCGAUUCACUUUCAUUUUUACCUUGUGACCGAAGACAGGCACACUAUGUAAAAACAACAUGAUGGCGGCUGCCAGAUACUACCCUCAUAUGAAGUAGAAUUCUGUUAAAUAUGGGGCAGAUUUUGAGUAUUAGUCACUGCAGAGGUGAUCUUAAGUGAUCCUGCCUGGAUGAUGUUGGACUCAACAAAAUACCUCAGAAUGAAGUUUGCAUCAAGUCAGAAUUUGGUGAUGCAGAAUACAAUUAAUGCUUGAAUAGAUUAAGACUCUUUGUAUUACUGUCAUGUUAGUAGUAUGCGUUAUUUACUGAGGCCUUGUCACUCAGAUCAGAGAUGUUUAUUCCUUCAGCUUUUACAUUCCUGCUGAUCAUUUUUUGCUUCCCAUUCAGGCAACUUAACACCACCUUUAUAGCUCUACAGAAAAGUUUUUUACUCUCUGGCUAAGUUCCUUAUUUUAUUUUAUUUUAUUUUAUUUUAUUUUAUUUUAUUUUGUUAUUUCAGAAAGAGGCUAAAAUUCUGUAUUUCCCCUUCUCUUUUCCCCUAUGUCACUAUUGAAAAUCAAAUAAACACAAGUUUGUGCUGCAGAAAAGUAUCAGCACUCAGUGAAUAAGCUCCUAAGCCCUAUGAUAAGCUAUUAUGGCAAGGCUUAACUAUACAGACCAGUGAGGUCUCUCUCUGUUGGUCCCACGACACCUCCAGGAGGCUAGACAGUGAUCUCUGGCGUCCCAGAGACACUCCCCUAAUGCCAGGUCUCACUGCUCCCCACACCAACCCAAUAACCUCCUUUACCUUACUUACACGUGGCUUUCUCAGCCCAAACAGCACUGCCACCUUCAACCAAACCCAGGCUCCAUACAUGCAAGCUCCAGGUAGAAGCAGGGCUGAUACUGCCUUUCCUAGCACAUUCACCAUACUCUAUUUCACACACUGCAUAGCAUAACUACAAUAUAAGCUAAAGUUAAAGGAGAUAAAUAAACUUACAGGAUCAGCAAACACACUCACCUUGCAGCAUGGUCUCAAACAAAAGGGAUUCAAAUAGGCCACUCCCACACUUAAAUAACCUUCCUCUUCCUGGAUUUCCUCCUUACUUACACAUGGCUUUCUCAGCCCAAACAGCACUGCCACCUUCAACCAAACCCAGGCUCCGUACCUGCAAGCUCCAGGUAGAAGUAGUGCUGAUACUACCUUUCCUAGCACAUUCACCACACUCUAUUUCACACGCUGCAUAGCAUAACUACAAUAUAAGCUAAAGUUAAAGGAGAUAAAUAAACUCAUAGGAUCAGCAAACACACUCACCUUGCAGCAUGGUCUCAAACAAAAGGGAUUCAAAUAGGCCACUCCCACACUUAAAUAACCUUUCUCUUCCUGGAUUUUCUCCUGAGAGGAAGUGGAUCUCUCCACCUGAUCUCAAGGAGUUAUGUACCCUGCUUAGUAGUUCCCACUGCUGGCCCCAACUGACAUUAUUUCUUCUGUAAUAGAUAAACUGGCUGGUUCUUGCUGCUUCAUCUGACAUUUCCCUCACUGUCUUCCUUAAACUCUGUCCCCGCACUCCGAGUUCCCCCAGGAGCGAGACAGCUGAUCUUGCUAUGAAUCCCCUACACCCCGCUUCCACUGGACAAAUCCUAGUCUUCCAUCCUCGCUGCUCAGCUUCUGCUCCUAAGUCUGCAUAUCUAAGCUUUUUUCUUUCAUAGGCUUCUUCCACUGAGUCUUCCCAAGGAACUGUCAGCUCAAUAAAAUAAACUAUCCGUUGACUCAGUGACCACAACACAAUGUCAGGUCUCUGCUUGGUACAAACUAUUUCCUGGGGAACAACAAGCUUUCCCUCUAAAUCUACUUGCAUUUCCCAAUCACAAGCACCUUCUAGACGGCCACACCCUUGCCUCCUUACUAACUUAUCCCUUCUGUAUUUCUCUCCCUCACGGACAAACUGAAUUGCUAACUCCUAUCCUUAACACCUUCUGAAUUCACCUGUCUUCGUUUCCCUUUGAUUCCUGCAGCUAAACAUUUCAACACCUGGUUAUGUCACCAUGUAUAUCGGCCUUGUGACAAGCUAACUUUACAGCCUGACAAAAUAUGCUUUAAGGUUGCGGUACCUGAACACAUUGGGCAUGAUGGGUUCUCAUUUACCCACAGUUUUAGGUUCUGGGGGGUUGGUAACACAUCGUAUGUAGCCCCUACCAGGAAUCUAAUAAGAUUUUCCUCCAUACUCCACAGGUCCCUCCAACUAAGCUUCCUCUUCUCUACACUUUCCCAAUUCAACCACUGUCCCUGUUUAGCCUGGGCCACUACCUUUGCACCCCUUACUAUCUCCUCCUGUCUGCGUAUCUGUUCCACAACCAGCUUUCUUUUAUCUUUGAGACCUGCUUUAUUCCAUACCGGUUUGCCUGAGCCAAGCCUCAGGCCUCCCCGGCCAAACUGAACAUUACCUACAAUCUCUGCAUGCCUAAGAGCUGCUUCUGCCUCCUGAACUGCCGAUCUUGGGUUCCACUUCCUCCCCUUGGUUGGAUUUGGAACUACACUCCUAACUACCACGUCCUUACUCCUAGAUAACAAGAGCUCUGUCCUGACCUUGGUACAUUUAAAUUCCUCUGUUAAACUAGAUACUGGCAGCUGAAGUAUCCCUUUUCCAUACAAUGCAACACUACUUAGGCACCUAGGAGCGCCCAAUUCUCUCCACAACGGAUAUUGGAAUUUCAUAAAUUGACAAUGGCCACAUUAACCUAGGAUAUAGCCCAAAUUGCAAACACCACAACUUCAACUUUCCUGGAAGUUCUGAUUUAUCUAUUCUAUCCAAUCCUUCAGCCACAUCUUUUCUAUAUUUCACCACCUGUUCCUUAUCAUUCAAACUCUACAUUGUACCACCUACCUAAGCUCUUUACUGACUUUUCCCUGAUUGUUGGGAUGUCCUCAUCAUCUAUGACAAACUUCCUAUCACUUAACUUCCCUCUACAUAUCGAGAUGCUUCUAGAUUUACUAGGCUUGAUCUUCAUGCUGGCCCACUUGAGGUUCUUAUUUACCUUCUCUCGUAGCCUCUUUGUAUUGUUGGCAUUGUUGUGGUCACCAGUGUCAUGUCAUCCAUGUAAGCCCUAAUUGGUGGAAGAUGCAACCCGUUCUGCCGUCUCUCUCCACCUACCACCCACUUAGAAGCCCUGAUGAUUACUUCCAUCGCCAUAGUAAAUGCUAAUGGAGAAACUGUACACCCUGCCAUGAUGCCUAUUUCUAGCCUCUGCCAACCUGUUGUGAAACCUGCCGUACUUAGACAAAACCUAAUAUCCUGAAAGUAUGCUUUCACUAAGUUGACAGCUACCUGUGGCAUUCUGAAAUAGUCAAACGCACUCCAAAUGAGGCUAUGGGGUACUGAACCAAACACAUUUGCAAGAUCUAAAAAUAUUACAUGUAGGUCCCUUUUGUUAAUCUUUGCUGCCUGAAUCUGGUGCUAGAUCAUACUAGUAUGCUCUAAACACCCUGAAAAACCUGGUAUUCCUGCCUUCUGCACCAUGGUAUCUCUUAAGCUAUUCCUUUCUAAGUAGCUAGCUAAUCUCUGCGCAACUACACUAAAGAAAAUCUUCUCCUCCACAUUCAAGAGAGAAAUCAUCCGGAACUAAGGUCCACAGACUCCUUCUCCUUAGGAAUGAGGACACCCCCUGCCCUACGCCAUGCUCUUCGUAUAAUUUGUUUUUCCCAAACUAUUCUUAGCUGUUUCCACAAAAAUUUAAGGAUAUCAGGCGCACUUUUAUAAAUCCGGUAGGGGACUCCAUUAGGCCCUGGGGCCGAAGAAGCCUUUGCACGCCUGACCACCUCCUGAACUUCCUUCCACCAAGGUGGCCUGACAUCCAUCUCAUGCUCUAUCUCUUGCUUUCUUGUUCUCAACUGUGCUACUUUUAUCCUCUACAGAUGCGCUCGCCUUGCCCUGAGUGCUGCUGUUGUCACCAGAGAUUACGUUUACCUCCUAGGCCUCCAUGUCAUAACUAUGUCAUAACUAUGUCAUGACAUCUCAUCACACCAAACCAAUGACCUGUUGGUUUUUUGAUUUCAAUGCCAGUCAGAUGUCUUUUUGCAAUCAUAGUGGGCAGAUCUUGAAAACUGUUAUUAACAUUGGAGGUUUGACUCAAUACUAGUAGCCAAAAGUCUGUUGCUUGAGAGCUUGACAUGUGUAACUUUCAUAAAGGGAUGAAAAAACGCAUGAAUACAGUAUGGCAAAGUGACAAAGUUGUAUGAAUUUCA